AUGUCGACCUACGAAAUCGAACACGACACCCCCGACCCCUCCACAGUGCCAACCCGGAACCAACGCCGCCCCGAUCUCUCCUCCUUCUUCUCCAUCCUCUCCCAAAUCACCCCCGCUCCCGACCACAGACCCCAUGCCGUCCCCGUCCCCGGCGAUGUGAGCUCAGCAUUCCUAUCCUUCGCAGAGGUGCUCGAAAGGAUGCGCCCCGCCGCCCAAGCCGAAGCCGAAAACACCGGCUCAGAGUAUGGACGCGACCUCAUCGACGGCAUGAUCGAGGGUCUUCUCGCGCAGGCAAGCAGACCGCCACGAGAGGUGGAGGGUGUUUCUGAAGAAUACUGCGACAUGCUGGAACGCGUCCCCAAAGCAUCCCUCAAACCUACCGAUGUAUGCCCCAUUUGCAAUGUUCCCUUUUUGGAAGAUGAGUACCCCCUCGUCGUGGAAUUGCCGUGUCACCCCACGCAUCGGUUCGAUAUGGAAUGUGUUCGGCCGUGGCUGCGGCUAAAGGGCACAUGUCCGCUUGACCGGGUGGACUUUGCGCAGCAGGAGAGGGAGAAGGCGGAGGCGAAGAGGAACUUGGCCGAGCAAGAUGAUGAGGAGGAGUGGGAUGGUAUGUAUGGUUGA